UAAGCUUGCUGGUAGUUCUACCAGGAGGACUCAAAUCACGCGCGGCUGGCCGCCAAUCACCAGCUACCAAUCACCUGCCUACACCUGCUCUAUAAAGAGUAGUCUAACAUAUGUCUUUGCUGCUCAGGUCUUCGUUCGACGCAUACUGCUGCUUUACUGUGCUUCUGAUUAUCUCGUCGCUUAGUUGCUACGUCGGUUAAUACACACCAAGAGGUUAUAACUUCGGAUUCGUGCUGGUCGGCCUACUACUUCUGGUCCCGGCAAGCGAGCGCAGAAAGCCGUUCUUUUCGGUCCCCGGUAUCCUCAACAACACCACCAACAAGUUCCCAACACGGACAUCCGCCUGGUUCUACAAACCCUCGCCGAGUUGGUGCAAAGCAUUGGCGCCAGGAUGGACGCCGUCGAAACGCCAUGCGGAACUCCCGGACGGGUCCAGGCCCCCAACCCGCUGUCGUCGGUCGCCACGGCGCCUUUCUACUUCCAGCAACCAUCAGGCUCGGCUUCCUCCGCCUUCACAGGCUACGCACCUGGCACGUGCCCUGCUACCAUGGCUACUGCAGUCCCCGCGUUAGCCCCCGCAGCGUAUUUUCUCUCACAGCUCUACAGUCCAGCUUCAGGUUGCGGCUCCCUCGGUUGGGUUAGGGGGUUUAUUCCAAGGGCAAUGGUUUGCUGAGGGAUGGCCAGUCGAAGCUGGUACGUUCGCCCUCGGGUCAGAGUCGUCUGCGCUGUUCGAGCUUUACGCUAUCGUAGCAGCUAGCGUUCUGUGGGGCAAAGCAUGGCGGCGUUAACGUAUAACCAUGUUUUGCGAUAACAAAGCAGCGUCAAAACGGCUGGGAAGGUGGUCUUCCACAGCAUACGGAUUUUACAUCCGGUUGAAUUUGUUGAGUUCGUUGCACACGUCGGUGUGGUACAACACAGAACUCUACGUUCGCAAUCAAAGGUUCAUAAUUAUCUUUAUACCGUGCACUGUUCGGUUAACUCCUUGUGUCUGAGGUUUUUCCCUUCACUUUAACAUGAAUGAAGUUGAUGGGUUUUAGGCACUGUGGUAACUGAUUAUUAUUAAAAGGUUUUUAUUGACGAAGGGCCUUUUAGAUUGGUUCAGCUGCUGCUCACUAACUCUCACGUUCCUCUGCUCGCAAUGCGAUUCACAUAUCGUUCAAUUUAUUCAAAAGAUCCAAAGACAAAGAACGGGUACAUUAUGGUAUCAUUUUAUAUUAUUAUUUAGUCUUAUUGUUAAUAGUUUCAGUCGCGUUGGUAUUUAAUUUUUCAUUUGCUCGUUUAGCUACGUAUGACAGUUAACAAUGUUGGUGUAGGCCUAUUACAAUUAUUUACGCGUGUAGGCCACUCCAACUCACUCGAUAUUUCAAAAAGAUUAGUGUGCUCUCUCAGAGCUGGGAGAUUUCAUCCUUAUUUUAACAUAUUACUCGAGACGGUGUUUUCUCACAGUUCUACGGGUUCAUGCGUUCCCGGGUUCAUGCGUUCAUGCGUACACGUCUCUUACUCAGACUUUUUCCCCUACACGGGGUAUUUAAUUUUUCAUUUGCUUGUUUAGCCAUGUAUGUCAGUUAACAAUUUUGGUGUAUUACAAUUAUUUAUGUGUGUUGGCCACUCCAACUCACUCGAUAUUUUGAAUAGAUUAGUGUGCUCUUUCUGGGAGUUUUCAUCCUUAUUUUAACAUAUUACUCGAGUCAGUGUUUCUCACAGCGUUCUACGGGUUCAUGUGUUCUACGGGUUCAUGUGUUCUACGGGUUCAUGUGUUCUACGGGUUCAUGUGUUCUACGGGUUCAUGCGUUUUACGGGUUUAUGCGUUCUCGGGUUUAUGCGUUCUUGGGUUUAUGCGCAAAUGCGUACACGUCUCCUACUCAGACUUUUUCCCCUACACGGGGCCUAACUUUCGCUGAUGUCACCUUCUCUGCAUAUAUAACUCAAGGUUAACCUGCAGCAACCCCGGCAAGUUCGACCACGUCGGUGGAUCAUCUAGAAAACACUCUUUGAGUUCGGUGUCACGUUGGUGGCAUAUCAUGGAAAAAAUAAAACUCAAGGUUCGCAGCGGCGACCCCGGUGAGUGCGAACACGAUGCUCUCUAACGUCGGUUAAGACAGGUUUCACACGUUUGCAACCAUAGCUGUUUUUGGUGGCCUGUUUCCUUUCUAGUGUUGGUCUAGUCUUGUGUCAAGCUGUCAUUUUAGUUUUUAUUAGUUUUAGUUACAUUCAUACUCUUUCCAGUGUUAUCGUAAUUCCAUUUAGAUAUUAUCGAAGUUACAAGUGCGUAGUUUUGUUAAAUAAGGUAAAUGGUUGAAAAUUGAUGUUAUGUCUGGAACAGUUGAAGUUCCAGUCGAACAAAAUAACGUUAUAAGUCUUUAUCGCCUAGUUUAGGUCAACGAAAAUGAAGAGACAUUUUAGCGGUCUUAUUUUCGUAAAACACUUUAGUCUUGUUUUAUUCGCCAACUAUAUUGUACUAUGCAUUUAAUCACUGCUAUUGUCACAUGCCCAGCAUCCACGUUGCAUCCAGUCUCGUUUUUCUCACGCGAUAAAGGUUUGUUGAUGACGACUCUUAGUCAUAAUUUUCAUUGCCAAAAGCAACACUAUUUGCAACUACCGGCGGUGGUGGUUAUCGGGUACUAAAUUUAUAAAGCAAAAUUCGGUUUCAUAACUCAGGUUAACCUGCAGCAACCCCGGCGAGUGUGACCACGUCGGUGGAUCAUCUAGAAAACACUCUUGAGUUCGCUGUCACGUCGGUGGCGUACAUAGAAAAAUAAAACUCAAGGUUGCAGCGGCAACCCCGGUGACGUGAGUGCGUUGACCACGUCGGUGGUAACAACUCGGGCACUCGUGAGUAUGACCACGUCGGUGGCACGUUAUCUAAUACUCAUGGUUUGACUGCAGUAACCCCGGUGAGUGCGUUGCUCACGUCGGUGGGAACAACUCAAGCACUCGUGAGUUCGUUGCGCACGUCGGUGCGGUACAACUCAGAACUCUAGUUCGUUGCAGCAACCCCGGUGAGUGCGUUGCCCACGUCGGUGGGAACAACCCAAGCACUCGUGAGUUCGUUGCGCACGUCGGUGCGGUACAACUCAGAACUCCACGUUCGCUGCAGCAACCCUGGUAGUGCGUUGACCACGUCGGUGGGCACAACUCGGGCACAUGCAAAUUUAAUUACCACGUCGGUGGCAUAAUAUCAAACACUCAAGUGCAGGGCACUCGGAGUUCAUUGAACACGUCGGUGUUCAACACGGAAGUACACAAUAUUUGCUGCAGCAACACCGGUGAGUGCGUGACCACGUCGGUGGCACAUCAAGGGCACUCGUGAUUUCGUUGACCACGUCGGUGGUUCAACGCGAAAGCACUCGGGUCACGCAGCGACCCCGGAGAGUGAAUCGACCACGGUAGUUGGUACACAGUAAAUUCCCCAGUGUUAAAUAUGCAGUGUCAAACUCCAUUAACUCUAUCUGAGUUAAUAUAACAGCUGGAGUAGAAUGCCCCCUAGUGUUGGUGUCAAUUUCGGUAGUUAAAACACGGGGUGUAAAAAGUACUCUAUAAAGCUCCGCCCACCCCUUUCUCAUUUCAAAACUGCACGACUGAGUCUGCACUCCGCCAUUUUCAACUGCUUUCGUCGUCGAAGAAGUCUGGGAGAAUGUUAGUGAAGGUGAAACUCGGUGAUUGCCAAAAAUUUGUCAGAAUACUGGAGCCGACUCUGUCAGAGUUUCUGAUUGCAGCUUUUGCAAAGUUUGGUGUUCCUCCAGUAACAGAAGGUGUGAAAGUGGUUGACAGUUCAGGCACUGAAUUGGAUGAAGAUGUGUUUGAGGACAUACUAAAGGAUCCUUCAACAGGGGUACUAACCAUCAAGUAUGACACAGAACCUGUCCACACAGUGGCAUCCUCUUCUGAGCCGUCCCCACCAUCAUCACUCGAUUCGUCUGACUCGCAGGAUACAAUUAUCCUUACAGAGAGCCCUUCCAGAAAACGCCAGAGGGUUGAUACAGAAGCUAAACAAUUGGUGGAGUCCAUCCUUUCCACAAAACCUGGAGGGGAACGUAUACUACAAGAAUACAAUCGAACCAAGUCUUUGGUGGACGAAACCAGGAGGAAAAUGGUCAACAUACUGGCAGCUGACUUGACCGAGAAGAAUGGAACAUCACCUCCCAGGCAGUUGAAAGAAAAGUACGCCAGAGGAAUUGUGACAUUAUUCCCCUACCUCAGUGACCCAUACGCUAAGAAUGGCUAUGAGCAUUACUAUGAUGGGGAGAGUGGCACUGGGUACUUGGCUUGGAGGAUUAAAACCAUUCAAAGAUCUGCUGCUAAAGACAGACGAUCAUCAUUUGGAGAAUCAGGGGAAGGAUCAUCCGGUAAAGACUUGUCUGGAGGACCAACGGUCAGAAGAGAGACCCAAUUUUUUCCUGAGGCAUCCCUAAGUGUAGAUGAGUGCCAGGAAGCAAUGUCACUGAUGAGACAUUCAGCUGACGAGGACUUGGUCAAGAAGAAGAUGAAGCUGACAUUUUUCCAUCGCCGCAACAUGCUCCUCGACCCCCAGCAGUCAAGCAACAUACUAUCUGUCUUUCCACGUUUCAAAGACGUCAAAGGCUUGGUAAUUUUCUAUUAUUUCUGUUGACAGGAGUAUAACAAAUAAAUUGUGUUUCAUAGUCAAACAACUAGCACAUAUGAGGUCCUCAAAUUCUCACCCACUGCCCCAAUCCAGGUUGAACAGGAUUUCGUUCUGAUGUUCGGUGAGGGUGUGUCCGACAAGUUUCUGGAGCGAUGGCCAGGCACAUUCAAGAAAAAGAUCAUCCAACAAUGCAGAAAGCUUCCCAACAUCGGUGAGCUUGAAGAACUCCUGCUGGCAGCUGAUCCUCCUCUGGAUCGCAUUGACGUGGAAGAUGACUUGGGUUGGGACAGUGACCUCUCAUCGUUUUUACUGCUGUCACACCUGAUUCCACCGUCUGCCCAGGGACGGAAGAGACCAGGGAAAGUGUCCGCGUCCCAAGCAGAGAAACAUCUCGUCAUCUUCAAGAAGACUGGAACAAGCAUCCAAGAACAUAUCGACACCAUUACUACCAGCGCUCAACCAUAUCUACUGGCUGUUGGAGUAAGGAAGGAUGCAGUCCACCAGUUCUUCAUCAUUCUGGAUCGGAGUGCCAUACCUUGCAGGUCAACUUCUUCUCUAGGGGCUUUCGAUGAGCUGUUUAAGGCACAUUUUGUGUUCGACACAUCAUACAACUCCAUGCUCCAUAACAUGUACAUGUUCAUCCAGACCACGGUGUACAACAUUGAUGUUGGGAAAGUCAAGGAGAGUCCUCGUGUUGCUGAAGUAAGGGCAAGGUUACUCAAUUAGUGCUUGAGGGUUUUCCUCCAUCAUGAGGUGCUUUGUUUGUCAGGCUGAAUUAAAAAGUUCCAAUAUGCUUGUUAGGCACUUGCGUUUAGUUCAUGGUUACGUGCCUGGUAGAAACCUUCGCCUUAAAUGUGUUCAGACUGGAUGUGGAUCUGUGUUCGGUACUUUUUCUGGUUUUAGGAAGCAUUUAAACACCAAGCACACAGAGUAUUUAGACCAGCAGGCUGAAACUGAUGUUGCGUUAAACGGUGCAGUAGAGGUUGUGGCAAGUAAUGUAGAUGAGACGCCAACAUCAUCUGAACCUUCUAUAAAUUCCGAGAACAGCACUCUUGAUAUGUGUGCCUCUGCUGUUGCACAACUCAAGGCAGCUGGAUUAAGUCAGUCUACUGUAAACAGUUUUGUCUCAUCCAUGGAAGAAGUGUUUUUUGAGAUUAAUAGUCAGGCUAAAGAUGCAGCUUUACAGUGCUUAUCUCCUCAGGACACUGAAAAUAAGAAUAAAAUAGAGGAAUCCUUCAAACAGUUGGAAAAUGGAAAUCCCUUUGCAUGCUUGAAUACAGAAACCAAACGAAACAAACACUUAAAAGAGAAAUGGGGAAACGUUGAACCUGUUGAAAAGGUGCUCGGCACAAGAUUUGACAGCAGAAGAAACAAAUCUACUGGGACAUAUGACCAGGUCAUUAUAACAGAUAAGUUUUCAUAUGUUCCCAUCCUAGAAACGCUUAAGAACAUUUUAGAUAACCCAGAACUGACCAACUUGUUCAAGCCCAGGCACAUUCCCAAAGAAGGUGUUUAUACAGACAUAAGAGAUGCCAAAUAUUUUAAAGAAAAUCUGUUAUUUUCUAAAGAGAAUGAUGCAUUGCAGACUCAACUGUUUUAUGACGACUUUGAAACAGCAAAUCCCUUGGGCUCCAAAAAGGGUAUCCAUAAAUUAGGGGCUAUAUAUUUUACUCUGAGAAAUUUCCCCCCAAUCUUUAAUUCGGCUUUGAUUAAUAUUAAUUUAUGUGCUCUUUUCCACGCACAGGACAUAAAACGUUAUGGUUUUAAUCUGAUACUUGAACCACUGGUGAAUGAUAUAAAAGUACUUGAGACAGAGGGACUUAACAUUUCCAUGUCUGAACGUGUUAUUCAUGGUACCAUUGUCCAGGUCACUGGGGAUAAUUUGGGUUUGCAUGGUCUGUUUGGCUUUGUGGAAUCAUUUAGUGCUCGCUAUUGCUGUCGUUUCUGUCUCCUUGAGAAAACUUGUUUUCAAACUGUGUUCUGUGAAGAUAAUCCUGAAGUUGUAUUAAGAACUAUUGAGAUGCACACCCAGCACUGUCAAACUUUACAAACUGACUCUACGCUACCUCAUACAUAUGGUGUGAAACGCACUUGUCUGUUGAAUACACUACAGUAUUUUAACACAUCAAACAACUUUUCUGUAGAUAUAAUGCAUGAUAUCUUGGAAGGGGUUGCUCAGUUUGAGGUCAAACUUGUUUUACAGUACAUUCAGGGCAACUUCCUGAAUGCCGAACAACUGGCUGGUAGAAUCCAUGCUUUUGAUUAUGGUUAUAAUCAACAGCGAAAUCGACCACCUAGAGUAAAAAUGCUUGAUGGAGGUAAUGAUUUGGGACUGAAUGCUAUACAAUCCUGGUGCAUAUUGCGCAACAUGCCGUUGCUUUUUGGUGAUUUAUUUCAGACAGGUGAUGGUUAUUGGCGUCUUCUACUUUUGCUUCUACAGAUUGUUAACAUUGUUUUUUCACCCGUCCUCUCAGAGGGCAUGACCACAUACCUCAAACACUUAAUCAUUGAUCAUCAUCAACUCUUCAAGCAGUUAUUUCCUCAGCGCAAUCUCUUACCAAAGCAUCAUUUCAUGAUUCAUUACCCUCGUAUUAUAAGGACCAUUGGCCCAAUUCUGCACAUGUGGUGCAUGCGUUACGAAGCUAAACAUAAUUUCUUUAAGAAGCAAUUAAAAAACUUUAAAAACAUUACACAAACAUUAGCCAAAAAGCACCAGAGUUGUAUGGCAUUCUAUCGAGAAUCCUUUACCAAGGAAAGACUAACUUUAGGCCCUGGAAAAAUGCUUCCACUAAGUGAGCUCAAAAAUGGCCCAGACAUUGCUUCCAAAUUUGGAGCUGAAUUGACAACCAGUAUUUUUUCUGCCAAAUGGAUUAAAUACCAUGGUACCGAGUACCGCCGUGACUUCAUUAUCUGUACUGAGGUAGCAUUUGAGAUGCCUUUGUUUUGUAAGAUAGUCUAUUGCUGUGAAGGAUGAAAAUGUAUUACUCUGCGGAAAACUGAUGGAAACUGUUUGUUUUGAGCAUCAUUACCAUGCCUUUAAGAUCAGACUGCAUCCAGAAAAUGUUCGAAAAGUGUUGCACAUUGAUGAGCUGUGUUACUUCAAACCAUUUGAUGUUCAAAUGUGUUAUGGAAAUAUAGAUUGCUCAAAGUACAUAAUCCCAUACUGCCAUUUUAUGUAGCCCUCAAUGAUUGAAUGAAUUGUCUCUUUCUGCCUUGACAUUCAAGCCUGUCCGCCUGACAGUUUGCACUAAAAUAAACCAGUUGAACUGCAUUAUUUUCUGAUAACUUGUCAUUUUUUAAAUAUUCUGCUUUUUAGAACAUUCAGAAGUUUUAAUGAUACUUCAGUGUUAGUGUCAUUAUUUUACUGUUAUUUAACUGCACGAGAGUAACUUUUCAACACAGUAGUGUGUAACAUCAACACUAGCCAGAGCUACCUUUUCACUGCAAUAGAGUAACUUUUCAACACAGUAGUGUGUAACAUCAACACUAGCCAGAGCUACCUUUUCACUGCAAUAGAGUAACUUUUCAACACAGUAGUGUGUAACAUCAACACUAGCCAGAGCUACCUUUUCACUGCAAUAGAGUAACUUUUCAACACAGUAGUGUGUAACAUCAACACUAGCCAGAGCUACAUUUUCACUGCAAUAGAGUAACUUUUCAACACAGUAGUGUGUAACAUCAACACUACCUUUUCACUGCAAUAGAGUAACUUUUCAACACAGUAGUGUGUAACAUCAACACUAGCCAGAGUUAUUUUAAUGGCCAGUGUUACCUUCAAAUAACUCAAUGCAGUGUCAAUCAGCAUUCAAAUUAACACCAUCAGAGUUGAUU